ACAACCAAUCUACACGCACAACAACAAGAACAACAAAAUGUUUACAAAAUCGAUCCUUUUACCUUUUCUUCUAAUAAUAAUCUUCGUCUCAGCAUCUCAAGCUAGUCGUCAACUUUGGGAUGGUGGAUUCAGUCAGAUGUUUGGAUCCAAAUCUGGGUUUCAUGGGUUUUCGGGGACCUCUGGUGGUUCUGGAGGAGGAUUCGCUUCUGGAGAUGUGAUGAAUCCGACACAUACCUGCUCGGCGCAAGGACCUUGUAGCGGUAAGAAACUGACGUGUCCCGAGCAGUGCUACAAAUCAACCAACGUUAACAAGGAUGGUUAUAAAAGCACCAGCCGUAGCGGAGGAUGUUCAUUUGACUGUACGACCAAGUGUACCGCAUCUUGUUCAAAUUAAAAUGUUACUUUGUACAUAUAUGUAUUACAUGCAUGUUCUUUUAUUAUUUUGGUAUGUUAUGCUAUAGCACUAUAUAGUCUAUGUAUAUAUAUGAAUAUGAUAAAAGGGGCAGUUGUAUUGGAGAGUUUGUGUCUUCGAUCCUUUGUAUGGUUCUUGAUUAGCAGCUUUUUAUUUAUCUAUGUAUAUAA